AUGACCCGUUUCCACGCGAUAAAAACACACCAAUGCGCACACAUCCUAUUGGCAGUGCAAAUCAAGCCAUGGUGCGUGGAUGGUGGUGAUGAAACGGGUACCAGUAAUGAGGCACGGCAAGGGAGAGGCCACAAUAGCACCCGCGAGUGCGUUGCAGCAACAGCGGUUAGAGGUGCUAUAGACUACUCUCCUGUGUGUAAGGCUGUGACAGUACGCAGAGGCGAACUCGGCAACAUGGGGUCUAAAAGCAGACUCUGUUUGUUGGCUAUCGCCUGCUUACUUCUCGCCACCGUUGCAUACGGUGAGCCAUUGAGGCGUUUGAAGAAAACCAAUUCUAGUGUAAAGGGUCCAGCUCCAUUUGGAGAUACCAAGUACCGCGUCGGACAACCUGGUCCUCAGGGUGAGCGUGGUCCUCCAGGUCCACCUGGUCCAGAUGGUGAAAUGGGCCCCCAAGGUCCACCUGGACCACCUGGUCCCGCUGGAGCCAAUGGCCCUGAAGGUCCACCUGGACCUCCGGGUCAACCUGGUGUAGAUGGGCGAAUGGGGCGUGAUGGAGAGCCCGGUCUUCCCGGUCCCCAGGGAGACAUGGGUCCACAAGGUCCGACAGGUCCUCCUGGUCCCCCUGGGCCUAAGGGUCCAACAGGUCCACAAGGUCCCAAGGGAGAGCGUGGAGAUCAGGGUCGUGAUGGACCUGAAGGUAUGCGUGGAGAGACUGGUCACCAAGGUCCAGCUGGACGACCAGGGCCCCGUGGUACAAGAGGCCCUACAGGUCCCGUUGGUGCUGCAGGACCUCGUGGCCCUGAUGGGGCUGAUGGCAUGAUUGGUCCUGUUGGUCCAACAGGUGCCUCCGGUAUACCCGGUCAGCAUGGAGAAGCGGGUCCCCCUGGUGCUCCUGGUGAACCUGGAGCUCCCGGUCCCCGUGGUCCCACUGGUCCUUCUGGUCCAGCUGGUGCUGCUGGAAAACCCGGUCAACCCGGUGCCCCUGGUAUCCAGGGUUCGCCUGGUCGUGACGGUUCUCAAGGUCCAAAAGGUGAGCCCGGACUCCGCGGUCCGGCUGGAAGUGUGGGUCCCCAGGGUCCACGAGGUGCUAAUGGCCCCACCGGUGCAACAGGAGAAGUUGGGCCCAAGGGUCCAGUUGGUCUUCCCGGGCCCGUUGGCUUUCCCGGCCCCACCGGCCAUCAAGGUCAUCCUGGACCAAUAGGAGACAGAGGACCUACUGGUGCUCCUGGCCCAAUGGGUCCAACUGGUGCACGCGGUCCACGUGGCCGUGACGGUCAGAAGGGUGCAAUGGGUCCCCCUGGUUCACCAGGUGCACCCGGUGCUCCUGGUAGCGAUGGUCGUCCUGGGCAACCGGGUAGCCCUGGUCGUCAAGGUCCACGUGGUCGCACUGGACCCCGUGGUGAAACUGGUCCCGCUGGUCCUGACGGUGCUGAUGGGAAGGCUGGUCCUGUUGGUCAUCCUGGUGCUGAUGGCAAAGAAGGCGCUCCCGGACCACAAGGACCUCAAGGUCCUCGUGGCCCACCUGGCAAACCUGGUGACGAUGGUGCCCCUGGUCGCCCUGGCGUUGCCGGUCCAGUUGGUGAACAGGGUCCUCGUGGUCCACCUGGCCUUCGAGGAGAGCACGGUAAUGCAGGGCCGAAUGGUCCAGUUGGUCCUAAGGGAGACAGCGGUGACAAGGGUCCAACAGGUCCCACUGGUGUUCCCGGAGAAGUUGGUCCAAUAGGUCCACGCGGUAGGCCUGGUCGUCAAGGUCCUAAAGGUCAACAAGGUCCAGCCGGACCUGAUGGACCUCCUGGACCCCGCGGCCCUCGUGGAGCUAGUGGUGAACAUGGUGAUGAUGGCAAGGAUGGUGAACCUGGCAAGGACGCUGAAGAUGGUCCUCAAGGUCCACGUGGUCGCCCUGGACCUCCUGGUGAACGAGGUGAACCUGGUCCUACUGGCCCUCCAGGAACCGCUGGAGAGCCCGGUGCUAAGGGAGAUGCUGGCCCAAUGGGACCUACUGGUAUUAUGGGUGCUGCCGGUCUUCCUGGUGCUCCUGGUGAGGAGGGUAUCCAAGGUCCCCGUGGUUACAAGGGCGACCGCGGUCGUCAGGGUCCUCGCGGUCCUCCCGGUAAACACGGAGCACCUGGUCCACGCGGUCCCACCGGUAAGGCAGGCCUUCCUGGCUUCCUACGAAUUGUUGGACGCAAUGUUGGUGCCACCGGUGCCCCUGGUGAAACUGGGCCUAUUGGGCCCAAAGGACCUAAGGGUCGCGCUGGUAUGCAAGGUAUUCAAGGCCAAACCGGCCCAGCUGGUACUCCUGGUGCCAAUGGCAAACGCGGUCCUGAAGGUCCUAAGGGACCUAGUGGAAACCCUGGUCGAGAUGGCCCUAACGGCGCUCCAGGUCUUCCUGGUCCAGCUGGUCAUAGUGGAGCUCCUGGCCCCACUGGUCAGCAGGGUAUUCCUGGUAAACCUGGACUCCGUGGUCCACCUGGUUUUGACGGUCUCCCGGGUCCCCGUGGUAUGGCUGGUCCUAAUGGAAAGCCUGGAGCUACUGGACGAGUUGGUGAGCCCGGAAACCAGGGACCACCUGGCCCAGUUGGCCCACCUGGUCGUGAUGGAGCGCCAGGUCGUGAGGGAGCUCAAGGUGACCAAGGACCUACUGGUGAAGCUGGUCCUGUUGGCGACAAGGGUCCUCAUGGCCCAGUCGGUCGUGAUGGUCCUAUGGGUUCUCAAGGUAUGCGAGGAGUAACUGGCGGUCCCGGUGCUCAGGGACCUCCUGGUCCAGAGGGUCUUCCCGGACCUCAGGGUCCUCAAGGUCCUACUGGUGACCAAGGUCCUCCAGGUCCCCAAGGUCCCGAAGGUCGUAAGGGUCCAACAGGUGAAGAGGGUCCUGAAGGACCUGUCGGAGCCGAUGGCGAUGCCGGUCCUGAAGGUCUGCCUGGAGAAGUCGGUGAUACUGGUCCUGUUGGGUUCCGUGGACCUCGUGGUCAACCAGGUAAAGCUGGUCCAAUGGGUCCACAAGGUGCUGAUGGUCUUGAAGGUCGUCAGGGACCAACUGGAUCUCGUGGACGUGCUGGUAAACCAGGAGAAAAUGGUGCACAGGGAAUAGUUGGUCCUCCUGGUGAACCUGGAUCUGACGGCGAAGACGGUCCUAACGGACCUGAUGGAGCGGUUGGUCCUCAAGGUCAUCCCGGUUGGAUGGGUCCUCCUGGUAUGCCAGGUGAACAAGGUGAAGAUGGUCCUCGUGGUGAUACUGGUGAAGAUGGUCCAGAAGGAAACCCAGGUCCAGCUGGUGAAGUUGGUCCAGUCGGUCCACGUGGUAAAACUGGUCCUAAAGGUCCAAGAGGAGAUUCAGGUCUUCCUGGUCCUCAAGGUCCCACUGGUCGCGAUGGUCCUAGGGGUCCUCCUGGUCCUAUGGGUCCACCUGGCCCUCCAGGUCCUCCUGGUCCAUCCGUGGUCAAAAUGCCAAUGACAACCUCACCGACAAAGGGCAAUAUCAUGUACUCUGAUGCUGCCGCCGUUGCUCAGGUCUUUGGCGUUGAAUCAGUCUCAGCACCAUUGGGUACUCGCGACGUUCCUGCUCUUACUUGUAAUGACCUUGUGAAGACUAAUCCAAACCUUCAAGAUGGUCUCUACUGGAUUGAUCCCAACGGUGGUGCUCCAAAAGAUGCAAUCCAAGCAUUCUGCAACUUCAAAACAGGAGAAACUUGUAUUGGGGCAAGAAAGGAGGUAUACUCAGCUGUUGCUGAGAAACACUCAGAUGACAAUGUCUUGUGGAUGGGUGAAGUUGCUGAUUAUGAGAACCUCCUUUAUGCUGUUGAAGGCACACAAUUGGCUAUGCUUAAGGCUCGUUCUCAAACUGCCCACCAAACCCUCUCAGUCUCCUGCUCAAAGGAGCUCAAACUCUACGCUGACAACGAAGUCGAACUUACCUCAAAUGGCGCUCAUGCCAAUUUCAAUGUUGUCUCUAACAACUGUCAGAAUACCUCUGGUGUCUCCAAAGAAAUGGUUCUGGAUGUUCAAGGACCCCCAAUGCGUCUCCCAGUUCGUGACGUAGCCUUCGUUGAUACUGCCGAGGUCAAGAUCGAUAUCCGUGUGGGUCAAGUUUGCUUUGUGUAA